CAUCUCUUGCCGUUAAAGGAACUUUAGCUACACCACAACUUCUUUAACUAAUAAAGCAGUUAUAUAUUUGGUUAUUUCAGGUAGCGUCUGUUUAGUGUUUAGUGUGAUACUUAGUGUAUAACGUAGUUAGGUGUGUUGUUGUGUUUUUCAGUAAGUGUGUUGUUAAUUCCAAGUAGCGUUUGUCAAUUGUUAAGUCAUGUUUUGCGUUGAUGAAAUGAUAUUUCGCGUUGUGUAACGACUGUCGUAGAAUUAAGGAUUUGUUUCUUUAUGUUAUUAUAUGUCAUGGUUUUUUUUUCUCAACUCAUCUUUUUUACACGUUCCGCAAAAAAAAGCGUUAAUAGUAAGAAAACCUAACAACAUGUUAAAAACAAAAAAAUGCCAGAUUUUGCUGGAAGCGCUAAGUUUAGACAAAAGGUAAAAAAUAUGCUAUGUUUGCUAAAUUAUAACGAAAAUUUUGUCAGUACAAUAGACAAAGCGUGAAUUAUGAAAGCAAUAAUAAUAGUUAUUGUUUUGAUGAUAGGAAUUUGGGCCCAUUGACUAUUUUAUUAUCAUAGCAACUCGAUACAGCCACGUGCGUUGAGGGACUGAGCAGAAAGGGGGCGUGGUCUAUAAACGAAUGUGUCAAUCACUCACGGACUCCAACGAGAGGCGGAGCUCCAUUCUUACACAUUGAGGGGAAAGUGGCUGUAAACCAGAGGGUUCACUUGCAGAAACUUGCUGUGGGACGUCUGUAAAGAUUUACCUAAACUAUACGUGGGAAGAGGUAGGUGUGAUUUAAUGAAGUUGUUGAAGACCGCCGCUACUCACUGAGGGCCGAGUAAAACUGCUCACUGCAAGAAAUAAAAUUCAACCUAACCUUAUUAAACGAACAUUUUAUGAAAAGAAUGAUAAUAAUUAGUAAAAUCCAACUAGUGGUCUAUUCUGAUUGGAGGAGCUACUACUAGGCUAUAUGUUAUAGCCCAGUAGCAGCGAAAAGCGCGGGCUUUUAGGCGGCAAAAAACGAUUAAAUUCUAGCUUUAACUAACUAAAAGUUUUUUAUUCUCGAUAUUUUUGACCAACUAGUUGGAUUUUACUAAAACAAUUAUUCCUCUCGCCCUCAUGGCCCUGAGUCAAUAGCCCAUUCGGGCUCGAGGAAUAAUUGUUAAACAUGAGAUUUUAUAUUGACGGUCCUCCUAGUUUGCAAAUAAAUGAGAAGUAAAAAAAUUAACAAAAUUUUUCUUAAAGAAAAGGUUUCUAAAAAAUGUUUUAUUAAUCGAACAAAAACACCGUUGAUCUGUCAAAACCCAUUCUUAAACGAAAACAAAGUUUUCUUACCAAAAAAGCACCAAACCGCGGUCCAUGUUACCAUUUCAAGAAGCAAUGGGCGAAACGAGUCACAAGCAACAAAAUUUAAUUUUUACCAGUUUCAUUUCCGUAAAAUUAUCAAUAUCCAUUACGUCGCGUUGAAGUGAGAUCUAAAGUUCGAUUACCAGCGAGAGACUUUCCCACUUUUUAUUGCCAAUUGGCGGUUGCUACUUUUUUGGCUAUAAAACGUACGGUUUGGUAAACAUUGCGGAAUUUUCUUAUUUUUAAUUUGUGUUUUGCGUUCUCGUUCUUCUUUUUGUGAGCUUGCGAAGCACCAAAACAAUUGGUGCUCCGCCUGGGCCACAUUGCAAAAGUUGGUGGAAGAAAUCUUUGGACGUAGGCCUGUCAUCCAUGCACGAGUGCCGACGGAAAGGGCUUUGGAGUGGGAAAAAUGGCCGUAUGGUCCUAUUGUGGAUGGUUGGCAAUUGUGGCGAUGUUUUUCUUUUAGGGCACCCAACGACGUUUUGCUCCUAAAUACACUGAAAACACUUUUUAGGUUACCCAGCGUACUUUUAUAACUCUAGAAAAGCAUUCUAAGCGGCGCUGUAAAAUUUGCCUCUGUUCGGUCAUCCUAGGGGAACUUUAGUCUUUUCGGGCUUGAGUAAUAUUUUCCCGAAAAUUUUAGAUGAAAUUUAACGUAUUGCGAGAGUGAGACAUUUCCUAAUUCCUCUCUCCAUCACAUUUUUGAAUCCGAAAAAUUUAGGUUUCCUUUUUCUAUGAAAAACAGCCUAACCUGGGACGUAAAAUGCAAAAAUUAAACUUCAGAAAAUCGUAGGAAAUUAUAUUUUUAAGAUAAGCUUCGAAAAAAAAAAAAGCUUCGAAAAUUGUACAUGAUGGAAUGGUAAUCUAAACACAUUUAGCCGUCCUCAAGUAAUAGAAAAUUCUGGGCAGUAUUUGCUUCUCCGAAUAGAUACUUUAAAGAAAACAUUUGAAAAAAAUCUUUGAAAAGCUUUUCGUAAAACUCUUCGAAACCUUUUCCAAAAACACCUUCAAAACGCACUUCGAAAAACUUUUCGUACGCCUUUUCAUAAACCCUUUUGUAAACGUCUUCGAAAAACUUUUCAUAAAAAAUUCUGCACCUUCUUCGUAAAAAUCUUCAGAUCUCUCUUCGAAAACAUCGUUGAAAACCUCUUUGAAAAAAGCGUCUAAAACCUUUUUGAAACAGGCUUCGAUCCGCAACAUCUCCAAAACAUCGUUCGAGAAGCGUUUGGCGGCCAUGAAAUGUAUACUGUUACAAUGCAAAUCCCUAAUUAGUUUUCGUUUCUGUGACAGACGAGCGCCCCGGUUCAAUGUGAGUUUUCCUGAAGAGUGUAGUAUAGAAAAUAGGUGUCCUGUCUAAACCACCCUGUUUUUGUCCACGAGUACGCCUCCAUUCUUCGAAAAAAGACUUCCUAGUAAACAAAUUUGCUAGCCGAGCGGACUAAGGACAGCAAAAAUUUAUUUACGAGGAAGUCUGUUUUAUCAGUGAAGAAUGGAGGCUUACUCGUGGACAAAAAGAGGGGUGUAACAGGACUCCUAUUUUUUAUACUACAACUGUGGCACUAAGGACAUCGACAUGCUGUCGAUGGAAAGGAUUACAGCGCAAAGUUAAAGAACUGUCCGCAUUAGCGAGGUUAACUUUUAUUCGGAUCUGUUGAUUGGGCAAGAAAUAAGUGCCCGUUGUUUGAAUCUAGAGAAAAUUUAAGGGCUUUCCCCAGGGACAACGAAAACUGUCUGGGGUGUGACUGUACUGCCGAGAACUACUACGAUUAUCUUCUUCACACGUACAAAUCAUCGUAAUGUGUAUUGUCAGUAGUAGACGCAGACGGCUAUCAAUUCGCUUCUGGGGCCCGUUUUUCGAAAGGUUCGGUAACUUUUUGGGUCCGAAUGCAAAUUUUUAAAUCAAAACCUGUUGUAUAAUAGCACAGUUCCUAGCUUACAAACGGCCAAUUUUGCUUUGUUAACUGAAAAUUUUAUUAAAUGCAAACACGGCAAACAUAAAACAGCUUUUCGGGACCGAAAAGUUAUCGAGACUUCCGAGUAACGGGCCGCUGGAUUGUCGUCAUAAAGCAAAGUGGGCGCUGCGUCGACCACACCAGGGCCAGCUUUUCCUUCAGAUCGCGUUACUUUCACCAGUUUUCUUUCCCAUUUAGCAGCCUCGAGGAACUACUUUUAAUCGUUUUUUUUUUCAGCCAAGUUAGCUCAAUGUACUCCACAUGUAUAAAUUAUUACAAAAAAAAGAUGUUGCUAGGUUAUAGAAAAUCAUUUAUGCUUUGUUCAUGACAUUUACUUUUUUAAAGCAGAUAACCAAAACAAAUUAUAACACUUGCAACUCUGACAAGGCGGUCAAAACACAUAAAUUCGCGAGAAGAAGCACCGCUGUUUUUUAAAGGUAUGUUGAUUUGCAAUUUAAAAAAGAUAUUUCCAGUAUUUUUAGUUUACCAUUUAACUUGUAUCUUAAGGUAUACAGAUAACUAACAACCGCUGGCGAGUAAAAUGGCUUCCUUAAUAGAACCCUAAUGGUAAAUUCCGACUUCCAUUUCCUCUAGGCCGCGCGCAGAAUCGCGCGCGCACUAUGAAGUUUUUUUUUAGCGUUUAUUUUUUUCUUUCAUGGCGUAUGGAAACCUAGUCUGCUUGUGGGGAGGACAGACUAAUGGAAACCUUGCAACGUUUCUAACGUACUUGUAACUUCACUGAUGAAGGGCCAGGCCUGAAAAGCUUGGAGAGGAACUCCAACCACAAGAAGGCACUUAUGUUCAUUAAAUGGCGCGAAGAAAGUAAAGAUUUGCCCCUGGGUCUCCGAGGAUGAAUUGUGCGCCACUGUCUUGUUUUUCUGUCUCAAUCAACUGGUCCAGUUCGAUUAGCUGGACCCGUGAACUCUGAAAAAUUCGACUCCGGAAGACCAAAUGAAAAGAAAAAACUGAAAAAUCCUCCGAGGCCCUUCGGCCAAAAAAAAAUCAAAACUCUGAGACCCAAAAGUCACCCGAAAAAGAGUUCAAGACCCAUCACAAACACUUCAAAUCCGAGAUUUCGAGAUUGGGUAAAAUUUUCCGAGACCCACGUUUCUCGAGGUACCAUUCUAUACCGUCUAUACCCCUUUGUUGCAAUUGUCGCUUUCCCUUGCACUCAACUUGCCGGUUUCUUACUUUUCCUCUAAGUACCUGGCCUGUAAAUGACAAACAUGGCCCUGCAAUUCUCUCUUGACUUUUCUCGGUAAAUCUAUAUCAUCUCUGUUAUUGAGACGACUGCCCGAUCUUUGAAAGCCCAACUGUCCAAACUUUAGAUCAAUAACUCAGUUACGUUGUCUACCUUUCCCCAUCUUUUAAAUGCAGUUCACAUCAUCUUCACUCUUUCGCCAUCUUGCCCUCAAUGCCCGAGUUGACUUUUGUAUCAGUCGGGUUCCACUAGGAUGUCUUAAGCUUACCCCCGGGGGGGGGCACUUUAGGAAUUUCUGGGUGGGGAAGUGCCGCUGGGACCCUGGAACCCUUGACCUAUACCAGAGCUAGUUCAGCUGAGUUUUUCUGCCCUAUACUAGAGUAAACUCCCCAAAUCCCCCUAUCCUAGAGUAGCUGUUUCCUCAGUCUAGAUCAGAUGGGCUCCUGUCUAGAUAAAAUCUUCAACCAACUGAUCAGUUUCCUGAAAAAUGAUACCCUAUUCUAGACCCAAACGCUCUGAUUUAUAUACCCUAUCCUAAACUGCUUGAAAACCAUACCCUUCACAGCGGCACAUGCCCAUAUAGCCCAUAUAUGGCAGUACCCCCCGGGAGCUUACCUUGAGGUCUGGUUGAGUUUUAGCAACUCUCAUACACUCUCUAGUCUAGUACGUGUUCGUUAUUUACCAAGCGAAUGUAAAUGAGCGUAAAUUAGUAAGAAUAAGGUAGUUAAGGGAUCGGAGAUUAGUCUAGUUAAUAGCAUGAUUUGUAGUGAUAUUAAGCAUUAAUACCACGAGUGUUAUUUCGAGAUUGUUAUACGUAAUUUCACGAGCCGUUAGUGAAAUUUGAGACAAUUUUGAAAUAUCAUGAGUGGUAUUUAUGCCUCAUAUCACGCACAAAAUCGUGCUAUUAUUUGUUUACACUACUACUCCCAAAAAGUUUGUAAUUUUCACAUGUAGUUAUUUCAAAUUAAGCUGAAAUGCCACUGCUCUAAGUCAAUCAAAUUGCAGAAAUUUCUCAAGCAGUAGUAUAACUGAGUCAAAAGAUCUUUCAACAAUAACUUGACCUCGCUCCCACUGUGUGGCUUCAUAGCUCAGUUGGCAAAGCAACGCACCGGUAACGCGGAGGACACGGGUUCGAAUCCCGUUGAAGCCCUGAAUUUUUUCAGGCUUCUUCUUUCCAAUUGCUUAAAUUGGAAAAUUUACUGCGAUGAUCAUUCUUCACCUUCAACUACAACCGCAGUUCAAAAAUGAAAAAACAAAUGAAUUAUUUCAAAUAUACUUCAGAAAAGGGAAAGAUGAAAUUCACUGGACACAUUCACAGGAAAAAACAUAGGCACGUUUAACGUGCAAGAGCCAUUUUGAAUGCUUCAGUGUAACCGUAUUUACAAUCUACUGUUUUAAUCCUAAAUUAAGACUAUUUUUUGUGCGAAAUUGGGUAUUGCUGUGCAUUAUUGAAAACGCGAACCGCUGCCAACAGCUGAGUCGAUGCUCAUACAAUAGAUUCACUUUUCUUUGUCUUUCCUUGCAAAAUAAACAAAUUGUUAAAGUCCUAUGAAUAUCAACUAACCAAAAGUUGCUUAGAGGGAAGACUCGAAGGUUUCAAGGUUUCUUCAUACAUUCUUAAGAUAAUGAAGCUGGUCGAAUACCGAGAAGCUAAGAAAUGACACGAUUUUCAUCGUUGUUGUAGAUGGUUGCAUCAUCAUUAUUCACGAGGUUGUCACAUGCGAUUCUACUUAAUGAAACGGUCUUAAACUCUGACGACUUGAUUCUAAAAGGUAUUGAUUCUUAAAAGAAAAGAGCUUUAACUUAAGGCACUAGUUACGAAACUAAAGAGGUCUUCAUACGUUCAAGUUACUAUUAUUACUGUGAAAAGCCAGUCUGUGUGAGAUAUACAGUCACACAGUUUGCACGUGAAAGUGCUGGACUUUGCCCCUUUCGUGAUUCAUACGUGAGGGAAUGCGAGUUAUCACACAGUAAUCCAGGAAACAGGGUUAUAAAAAUAACUCAAGCAUACAAUUUGCACGUGAAGGCAGUAAACAUGUUUCAUGUUGUUCACCAAAUUCAUGUUUUUUUGGGGGGUUGGGGGGGGGCGGUACGAAAAAGGUCUGUUGAACUUUGUAAGCGAGAGAUUAAGGCUUGUUUACAGGAUUAACAAUACUCGCCUUAUUGCCUUUCAAACUUCUAAAACCCGCACAAUUUAUAGGCUGCAUGCUCCCGAAUUAAAGUCCAUAUCUAAACUUUAAUUGUUGUUCAUUGGAAGAAAUUUGAAAAAUAUAUGAUCUUUUAAACUCUACCAAGAAGCAGGUGAAACACAACUCAUAAAUUAUGAGAUACGUGCGUUGUACCGUUCGCGAUAGUCGAAUUAGGUAAGAAAGUCUUGAAGCAGCUCCCACACUAAAGUAUAUGUAUGGACCCUCAGACAGCUGCAUCACUGUACUCAGAGUUUGAAUCAUAAAGAUAUUUCAAUAUUGUGCUUCUAAACACCUUUAGCCUUAAUCAAAGACGAAAAAAUUGUGCAGAAUCAAGAUAGCGGUCUCACAGUGUCCCUGUUUGACCUUAAGCAAUGUCAUGUUAGAUAUGCCAAAAUCUCAUUCGUUCCUACACUACCCAUCAACUCAUAGUACCUUCAACCUUAUCGGCCCUUGCAACAGACAUCCGAACAUACAAAGCCACAAAGAUACAUACGCUCAGACCACUGACAUACAUGGAGAAUUAAACAGUAAUGGACAAUUAAACAAUUCAGAGAGAACCACCUUACUUUCAGGAAGCCUCCCUUUUCUAAGAAAGUAGAUAUUCUGUUUUGACCAAAUUUUCGAAAACAUCUUGAAAAACUCCUGAAGACGGUGAAAAAGAAGGAUCGUCGGUGGCUUGCCUCUUUCCCUUUCCCCUACCAAAGAGAGGAGGAAAUUCUUCUGUAAAGAACAGCUUUUAAAAUGAAACAUUACUAUUAGACAAUUACCGUUAAAAUUUCUCAACCAUUUUUUGUUGCAGUCAACCCAAUGAGGCUUCGUCAUUAUUGGUUCAUUGUUUGUCUUAGUAAUGCCUGGAUCGUUUUUGAGGCGGGCCAUUCAGAAAAGGACACUAACGAUUCAAGUCCAAUGGAGUGCAAGGAAGGAAGUUUCAUGUUGAACACGUGUGAAGAGCGUUGUGAAUGUAAGAAAGGUAAACUUACCAGCUGUUACCGCGUAAGAAAGGAUUUUACCAAAAUGACCAUCGAGGACAGAAAACGUUAUAUUAACACUUAUAAGCUGGCAUCGGUCCAUCCUGUGGUUAAGAAAGAUUAUGAGAAAUUGAUAGCUCUCCACAACACCGCCGGAGAUCAAGAAAAAGUUCCUGAAGUCUUUUUGCCCUUUCACCGGUGGUUUUUGGUUGAGAUGGAAAACGUACUGCGCAGAAUCGACUGUCGUGUGACUUUACCCUACUGGGAUUGGAGCAAAAACACUCAUCAUUGGUGGAGAGGAACUGGUGACGAAGACCUUUGGAACCCUGAUGAUCAUGGUUUAGGAGGAGAUGGAAGUGAUAACGAUGACAACUGUGUGGAGGACGGAGUUUUCAGCAAAGAUAAAUGGCGUCUCUUAGACGUGUCCGGAGGAGGGUGUUUAAAAAGGAAUUUUACGAAAGACAGCCUUCUCUACGAUAUUGAUCACGUGAAGAAAACUUUAUCGCUACCCCUGGAAGAGUUCGAACAAUUUGAAGAAACUGUCCGUACAGACUAUCACGUGUUGCCUCACAACGCAAUCGGUGGUACAAUGAUGGAUCCUCUAACAGCGGCAAAUGCCCCAGAACUGUUUCUUCACCAUUCAUUUAUGGACAAACUGUGGUAUCAAUGGCAAAACAAAGGAGAUGAAUACAAAAAUGUCUACUUCCCAAGCGUGCCCUUCAAACUUUAUGGAUCAAAGUAUUAUGGCCGGGAAUGGAUUGAUUCUAGUAACCUUCCGGGUCAGGUGAAAGUUCUUUACGAAGAAUGAAAAUAAAAAAAACGAUGAAACAGUUAAAUAAUCCGAUGUAUACUAGGCAGACAUGAAACUCUUUGACAUUAAAUAAUGUGCCGAAAUCAAUUAAUCCUGGACAAUUGAUUUUCGACCAUUCCAGUAAUACUGAGUUGGAACUUACAUGUGUUAUUUAUCAGGACAUAGGACACAUUUUAUGAGGUAAAUAUGCUUAGCCAUACGGCUAAUUUGCAGCCGUUCCCACACGUAGAAUUAAGGUAAAGAAUUAUAUG